AACAGAACAGAACAUCCUUCGGUGAAGCUUUUCCACACCCCUUAACCUUUUCCCUUGUUUCCAGCUUUUUCUAAAGACUCCACAAACCUUUUUUCUUUUAUCUCUUUUCCCGGUUUUGUUUUCGUCUCAAGAUUUUCAGCAUUACCUCCCAAACUUCUUCACUUUCUUUCUUAAGGUACUUGCUGAAUUUUCAGUCGGGAAGGAGGAUGGUUUGGUGAUUGGGUUCAGCAGAUAGGAGUAAUUAAGCUGAAGAUUAAGGUUGAGUUGGAGAAAAAUGGGUGAGGAGAGAUCUGAUUCACUGUACAAGAGAGUGAAGAUCCAUGGACAAAUUUUAUUGGGAUUUAUGUUUAUCUGCAUAGUCCAGUUUUCACUUGCAGACACUAAUCCCAUUGAUGUUGCUGCAAUUAAUAGAUUAUAUACUGCUUUGGGCAACCCUGUUCUUCCUGGGUGGGUUUCUAGUGCGGGAGACCCCUGCGGAGAAGCAUGGCAAGGCGUUCUAUGUAAUGGUUCACUCAUACAGGAAAUAGUUCUGAGUGGUGCAAAUUUGGGAGGAGAACUGGGGGAUAGCUUGGGAGAAUUUGUUUCUAUCAGAAAAAUAAUUUUGAGCAACAACCACAUUGGGGGAAUUAUUCCAUCCAGUUUGCCAGUCACCUUGCAAAACUUUUUUCUUUCUGAUAAUCAAAUCUCUGGAAGUAUUCCAACCUCUUUAUCCACAUUGACCGAACUGACUGCCAUGUCUCUUAAUGACAAUCUUUUAACUGGAGAAAUACCAGAUGCUUUUCAGUCUCUUGUGCUAUUGACCAAUCUAGAUUUAUCAAAUAAUAAUUUAAGUGGGGAAUUGCCUCCGUCUCUGGGGAAUUUGUCAGCACUGACCUCCUUAGAUUUACAGAACAAUAAACUGUCUGGGACCCUUGAUGUUUUAGAAGGCCUUCUACUGCAAAAUUUGAAUAUCGAGAACAACCAGUUUUCUGGACCAAUACCUCAAAAGAUGUUAAGCAUCCCUUUCUUCAGAAAAAGUGGAAACCCUUUUGAUAUUAUUGGCAAUGCUACUGUAGCUCCAGCUCAUCCACCUCGCUCUCCAGUGACAGCUCCCCCAUCAGGAAUUAUAGUUUCUGGGUCGCCAUCUUCUGGACGCAUACCUACUAAACAGGCUGCUGGACCAACUGCAGUAAAGCAAUCAAAUUCUGGGAAAUCGAAGAAUAACACCAAAAGGGUGGUUUGGAUAUCUAUUGCUGGUGUAUUGUUGCUUAUUAUUUUGUUACUGGGACUAGUUCUCUUUAUUCCAAAAUGUAGCAGAAGGGAACGGGUUGACAGAAUUCCCAUGCAACAUCAAAAUGGUGCAUAUGGAGGUGAAAGACCUAAUCCCAGGGAUUACGGGGCUUUAGUCCAACCACCGAGUCAAACUGAGAAAGUACCAAAAGUAGCUGUGGUGAGAUCAAAAGAGGAUCAUCAAGCAGAGACAAGGAAAGUGAGGGCUAUUCCAAAGCCACAAGAUGAGCAAGAGAAGGAUAUGCAAAGAAUGGGAACAAUACCAAAUCAGUUAGAUCAUGCAAUAGAUAUGAAUGCACUAGGUGUAUAUUCAAUGCCACCUCCACCUCCACCUCCACCUCCUCCACCACUUCCUGCUGAGACGGUGAUUGUUGAGCCAAGCACAUUCCGCAGAGGGGCUGACAUCAAUCCUUCCAAAAAAAGUCCAGUGCUUCCCACUUUUGCUAAAUCUUUCACCGUUGCAUUCCUUCAACAGUAUACAAAUAGCUUUUCUCAAGACAAUCUUAUAGGAUUAGGCAUGCUGGGGAGUGUAUAUAGGGCAGAGCUUCCAGAUGGGAAGAAACUUGCUGUCAAGAAACUAGACAAGAGAGUCUCAGAUCAGCAAAAGGAUGAUGAAUUUCUUGAAUUGGUGAACAGUAUUGACGGAAUCCGGCAUGCAAAUAUUGUUGAGCUUGUUGGAUACUGUUUAGAGCACGGUCAAAGGCUUCUGAUCUACGAGUACUGCAGUAAUGGGUCACUGAAGGAUGCCCUCCAUUCAAAUGAUGAAUUCAAAACAAGACUGUCAUGGAAUGCUCGCAUUAGGAUGGCACUUGGGGCAGCUAGAGCCUUAGAGUACUUGCAUGAGCAAUGUCAGCCACCUGUUGUACACAGAAAUUUCAAGUCCGCUAACAUUCUCCUUGAUGAUGAUCUAUCCGUGCGUGUAUCUGAAUGUGGUUUGGCUCCAUUGAUAACCAAAGGUUCUGUAAGUCAGCUCUCAGGACAACUACUAACAGCUUAUGGCUAUGGGGCUCCAGAAUUUGAGUCAGGAAUUUACACUUACCAGAGUGAUGUGUACAGCUUUGGAGUUGUUAUGUUAGAACUUUUGACAGGCCGUCAGUCCUAUGACAGGACGCGCCCUCGAGGGGAGCAGUUUCUGGUGAGAUGGGCAAUUCAUCAACUUCAUGACAUUGAUGCAUUAUCAAGGAUGGUUGAUCCUUCUCUAAAGGGACAUUACCCUGCCAAAUCAUUGUCAAAUUUUGCAGAUAUUAUUUCUAGAUGUAUUCAGUCGGAGCCAGAAUUUAGGCCAGCAAUGUCAGAGGUUGUCUUGUACUUAUUAAAUAUGAUAAGGAAGGAAUCUCAGCAAAAUGAAUCAAAUGAAAAUUGAAAAGAUGGUAGUGAUAUUUGAACAUGAAAAUGGACGUGCAAAGAUUUUCCUGCUGAUUUCUGAAUCU